AUGUACAUGCCGCAAGACAUUUUCGCUGACUUCUGGAAGCGGUGGAAUGAGUUUGAGGCUCUUCACGGCGAAGAGAGCACGUUCAGAGAGAUGCUCCGCCUGAAAAGAACGGUGAGAAUGGCUGCGCACGCCAUCGUUGAGGCCAAGGCCGAGAUCGCUACCCUGAAAAGGCCGUGCGCGGGCCAACAAGUAGAAGAUAGUGGAAUGAUGCAGCCAGAGAGCAAGAGAAUGCGUAUUGCAUAG